GGCACGGUGGGAUUUUGGGAAAUUCAUAGAUUGGAAUGAUUUUUUUUUUAAUGGAGGGGAGAAUGACACAUGAAAGCUAUUUGUAAAGGUCGAAGGGUCAUUACCGGGAAUUAGAAGCUCCACAAAUACUCUCUCUGCCUGCUACUCGGUUCUCAAGUUGUUUUUACUUCUCUCUGCGAACUCAGACUCAUGUGAAUAAUUACAGCAAAUUAAAGGCAUCCAUUAAACUGACGAGAUUCAAUUCAACCGGAAAAUAAUUCAGGUGUCGUUGAGUGAUAAAGUUGCAAUGUUCAACCAACAAGCGAACAACCACAUGGCGAGUCAAAGCAGAAAUCCUUUUACAAGUGGAUUAAACCUGGACAAACCGAAAUUUUCAAAGGAAGAAUAUGGAAGACCAGCUGCUGGAUCGUUGUCGGACAUACGUGGACGAAAAGCUACUGCACAUAUUCUACGAGAAAUGCUGGAGCUUUGUGAAAUAAUUCAGCAGAAUGGUACACCGUGCAAAGACCAUCCGGAAAUAAUGGGGAUUACCUUUGGGGAUUUGUUCAAUAUUUAUGUUGCAAUUAGUGAUAAGUGUGUGGGACUGCUGCUGAGGGCGAGGAAACAGGGGAUGAUUGAGUUCGAGGGCGAAGUUCUUUUUCAGAGACGAGAUGACGACGUUCCAAUAUUUCUUGUGAAACCAAUCGCCGAAAUCCGUGCGUAUUUCAAGCAGAAGAUUGAAGAUGCAAAGAAAGACGUCCACUGACGAAUAAAAAAUGGUGAAUAAACUCUGUGCGACAGUGUGAGUGACCUCGCUGUAAAUAUUGUAAAGUGUCAUCGGAUAAUUGUGAUAUGUGAUAUAGACCGUGGUUCCAUAAAUUUUUAUACAAAAAAUUAAA